GUCAAUGGGUCCUGAUUUACGGCAGGCAGAAAACAUGUCGCGCUACAUACUCCCACGUGCAGACUAUUUGCUACUUCAAUGGUUGAACGCAGUAUAUAUGCCGCGCCCUCAAUCAGUGGGUGGCAAGAGGGAUCGUGUGCACUGAACGAUAACCAACGAUUCUUACUUGUGCGUAGCCAACUGUUUGAGCUAUAAUACCCUUCAGAGAGUACACCUUCUGGACUCCCAAGUACUGUCAAGCCAUUCCAAGCUUUUCCAGGCAUUCGCACCCGAAAGCUUGAUUCACCAUGGCAGAAGUAUAUCCCGAGAUUUCAUCCCAUGACAACACCACCGACAAACGACCGCCGCAACACACGUCGUCGGAAUUGAGCGCAUCGGAAAGCAACUCGCUUGAGACCAGGACUACUCGACAAAAGAUCAGCGAUUUGUUUACCAUUUUUGCUGCUGGUGCUGCUCUCAUCAGCGAUGGCUACCAGAACAAUCUCAUGACGAUGACGAAUGUCGUGCUGCGCAAAGAGUAUCCCAAACAAUACACUUCUUAUUUCAGUACCGCCGUCUCCAAUGCUUUGCUUGUUGGCGAGAUUAUCGGGCAGAUUGUCGUUGGCCUCACCUGCGACUAUUUUGGCCGCAAGUUUGCAAUCAUUGUCACAACUUUCAUGAUUGUCGUGGGCGGAAUUCUUGCGACUGCGGCCUCAGGCACCACCAUUCACGGCAUGUUCUGGAUGUUGAUCGUUGCACGCGGUAUCGUCGGGUUUGGUACUGGCGGUGAGUACCCUGCAAGCUCGACUUCCGCAAGUGAAGCUGCCAACGAGCAGAAUCUGAAGCAUAGAGGUCCGCUAUUCAUCCUGGUCACCAAUCUUCCACUGUCUUUCGGUGGCCCCCUCGCUGUCUCGAUCUUCCUUAUUGUUCUGUCUGCCGCUGGCCAAACCCAUCUCGGAAUUGUAUGGCGCGUCUGCAUGGGCAUUGGCUGCCUCUUGCCCCUCACUGUCUUCUACUUUCGAAUGAAGAUGCUCAACUCGAAGUUAUACCGUCGUGGUGCCAUCAAGAAACGAGUUCCAUACACUCUCGUGCUGCGAUACUAUUGGAGGCGACUUCUGGGCACAUGUGGUGCAUGGUUCUUGUACGACUUUAUCACAUUCCCUAACGGAGUUUUCUCGGCCACAAUCCUGAGCGGUGUUGUUAAGAAGGGCCCUCACAAUAUCCGCUCGACUGCAGAAUGGCAGCUCUUACUUGGGGCAAUUGCACUGCCUGGCGUGAUACUGGGAGCUUGGCUCUGCAACCGUAUUGGUCGUAAAAAUACAAUGAUGCUCGGCUUCAGCGGCUACCUGGUCUUUGGUCUGAUCAUUGGUUGCGCCUACGAGCAAAUCACCAAGAUUUUACCUUUGUUUGUCAUCUUUUACGGUCUGAUGCAAAGCUGUGGUAACAUGGGUCCCGGGGAUAUGCUCGGCUUGCUCUCGAGUGAGAGCUAUGCCACAGCUGUGCGUGGUACCUGCUAUGGCAUUUCAGCUGCGCUGGGCAAGACUGGCGCGGCAUUGGGCACCCAAGCCUUUACUCCCAUCCAGUUGCACCUUGGCAAGAGAUGGACCUUUAUUGUGGCGGCAAUCUGUGGUGUCGCUGGCAUCCUGGUCACGUACUUCUUCGUGCCUGAUCUCAAGGGAGAUGACCUCAAGAAUGAGGAUGAAGCGUUUCGUGCAUUUCUUGUGUCUAAGGGAUGGCAGGGCGAAAUGGGGGAAGAUGACCUCCAAGCUCUUGCUGACGACGGUAUGCCAUCUUCAAUGGUGGAAGAGGUCAAAAGAGCUUGAUUUGGAGGUCGGAAAAGAUCAAUAUAGAAUCCGUGUUCUAUCUGGCGCCAGAUUACAUAACAGUAUAGCAUUGUCACUUUGCUUCAUCGUAGCUACAAUCAACUUCCUGAUUUAUUUUCCUCUCCAAAGGAUUGACCACGCUAGCCGAAAGUAGCUCAAUGCCAGAAA